AUGAGUGACACCAACAUCGAGAGAGUUGUCGAGAAGUCUCGUAGAUUUCUGACCCAAGCUCAAUCAAUAUGUCAUGAGUCGAAUAAUCGGCUAUUGUUACUUAAAGUUCGGAUACAGGAAUGGCAAAAGUACAGAUCUAAGUUACAAUUUGUUUUGGAGUGUAUCUCAGAACAGACUGAUUUCUUGACUACCAUACUGCUGAAAAGGGGAAUUGGGGAAAGCCUCAUUGAAAAGGAGUGGCGCUCCGUAGUACUGGUUGAUUUAGUGAAUGAAAUGGAACAUUGGCAAAAGGAAAUCCAGAAGACAGUUGAAAGGCUAGACAACAUCAAAAACGUUCUUGAGCAACAACGAGAUACUCAUCUAGGUGACUUUAUUUCCCGAGAUACCCCACAUGCAUUAGGUGAAAAGCUUACUGAGGUACCCGUAAUUAAGAAACAGGUUGAAAAUAUCACAAAACAAUACCAGCACAUGUUGAGCAAAGUCCAGAGCCAAGUGGUUGGCACCCGACUAACACGAGUGAAUCAGGAAUUUGACAGGAAGUUCAGUGAUCAAUGUGAAGAAAAUGUGAAGCUGGACGAACAGUCUACCGCCGAAGCAGAUCAGCUGGAGCAAGAACUUGCAGAUUUCCUCAAGUCCUUCACUGAUCAUUUUGACAAGUGUGGUAUCUUGCUAUCAAGGUCGCUGGCACCGGUUGAUAGUAAAUCACUUUACGAAAUUGUCGAGCGCGAUGACAAGGAUUUGCCUGCUAUUGACUCCGCAUUAAAAGAAGCUGCUAGUGACGUCGCAAGAUUUACAGAUGACGGAAAUGCACUUCUCGAUAAGAAAGAAGGAGAAAAAGCUGAUAUGGAAGCAGCUGUUAUGAAAAUGAUGAAUGAAUUAAGAAAACACGAGGAAUAUAUUUUGGUUUUUGAAGGCAUCUCUAAGCUCAUAAGAAAGUUCAAAAUCUCUUGCAUGAACAGUAUACGGCAGACAAGAGAACUUCUCGACUUCUACGCUAACUUCGAAAAGAGCUAUUAUAAUUUGCUUUCAGAAGUAGAGAGACGACGGGAAGUGGCGGCCAAGAUGUCACAGGUUAUCAAAAGUUGUGAGGAUCAGCUUGCGCAACUAAAUUCAGCUGAUAUACGAGAGCGACAAAUGUUUCUUUUAGAAAAUGGAGACUUCCUCCCAGAAACAAUUUGGCCUCACGAGAUUGGUAAUUUAUCCCCUCUAUAUUCACUGGACUCCAGUGUCAGAAAAAUUUGA